CCUUUCUUCCUCUCCUUCUAUUACAAGAACCCCCCAAUUCCUUGGAAGCUCACAAACCCCAACCCCAAUUCUUUCUUUGUCCCUUUUUCUUCUUUCAAUUUUCUUUUGCGUGGGGGUGUAAGUUGUACCAGUUUGCAGGUUUUUGUGUUUUUCCUGCUUGGUGGUUGUAUAGACAAUUUGAAGAUUUAGAUUAUUUGAGGUUUCGGGGUUAUUAGCUAGAAUACAGAAGAAUAUGCGGAAUGAUUGGCUUUGUUUCAUGGAUUUCGAUGGAGGGAAUCCAUACAACUUACCUACAGAGUUUUUGUUCUCGCUUACACAGUCUAAACAUCUACAUCUUCCUGGAAGCCUAGUGCUAAAUGAAGCUUUUGACUGCAUUUCAAAGUUUGCUGGAGCCUGUUUAUUUUGGUUCACUAGUGGACCAAGUUCAAAUUUGACUAGGAGAAUAGCAAGCACUCAGCAUGUUUCAAAACCUGGACGCUGUAAAUCUUCUAUGCAAGUUAAGCAAAUUACUUCAAGUGAUUCUAAUCUUGCUGGAUUUAAUUUUAGUGCUAGAUCAAAAAGUGAAUCGGCCACUUCGGUGUUUUUAGGCAAGAUUUCUAGUUCAGCCAUUAGACACAUGCUUAGAGGAGGAGAAGGAAUCCAAUCUUGUUCUUUGCUCUCAUUAGCGGCAGUAGUGAUCCCACCAUUUGAUAACUUAUCUUCAAAGAUAACGGCUGUUCCAUUGGACGGCACAGAUGUACGAAUGCAUGAAUGCAUGGAUCAAAAGCCUUGUGAGAUUGAGCCCCAGCGUUGUGGCAAUUUAUCUUUUCCCAACUUGAACAGGAGAAGACAUGCUGUUGAACCCAGAACAGGCAUAGAGUUUCCAGUUAUAUUGGACAACAUUUUAGACACAGGAAAUAAUUCCAGUUUAACUUCUGAGGUCCUUGUUGGAACUGGAUCCAGAACUAUGAAAAUAAUUAAAAUUAAAUCUCUGAAGGUUUAUGCAUUUGGUUUUUAUGUUCAUCCUCGUGCUGUGUGUGAGAAAUUGGGUCAAAAAUAUGCAUCUAUACCAGUGGGUGAACUGAACAAACGCCAGGAGUUUUAUGAGGAUCUUCUGAGGGAGGAUAUUGACAUGACUGUGAGGCUUGUGAUCAAUUGCAAUCGCAUGAAAAUCAAUUCUGUCAAGGAUGUGUUUGAGAAAUCUCUGCGUGCUCGUUUGGUAAAGAUAAAUCCAGACACCGAUUAUAAUUGCUUGAAAACUUUUGGUUCUUACUUCACAAAAGAUAUUCCAUUACCUCGGGGAACGACAAUUGAUCUACGGCGAACAGCUGAUGGACAACUAAUCACUGAAGUUGGAGGUAAUCGUAUAGGAGCAGUCAAAAGCAAGGAUUUAUGCAGGGCUUUCUUCGACAUGUACCUGGGAGAUGUUCCCGUGUCAGAACAAACGAAAGAAGAGAUCGGCAAAAAUGUGGCUACUAUUCUAAGGAAGUGCUGAAGUGAUUCAUAUUCCAUCAAACAUUGUCUCAAAGUUUGGUGGUGAAGUAUAUAGCCAUGAUACAAGUGUAGUAUAUGUUGGUUGAUAAUUGCCUUGCCUGUUCAGGCUGUAGCAAUUGAAUAUGUCACUGCAAAGCUUCUAGGUUUUAAGCAGUGAUGAUGCAGGAAAUUAGGAGGAUAGGGCAAUAAAACUAUAUAUAUAACUUUAUACACAAACAAUGAUAUGUUACCAUAUGAUUGAAUAUUAGUUUAUCUUUAAUUUUUAACUAUCUAAUUAUAUAAUGACAUAUCGUUGUUUGUACGUAAAAUUGUAUAAAAAAAUUAUUUAUGUAACAUUACUUGGGUUUCGGGAUCAAAUAGCUGUCCCAAUUA